CCAAUAAACCUCAAGAAGAAGCACCCGCCAGUUAGCAUAACGUUACAGCUCGUACAGCAGCUAGCUAGAGCAUUAUUGUUUCCUAUUAAAACAUGUUUAUCCAUAGAAAGUAACUGGGUUAACUAGCAGUAACAUAGAAAUCAUUACGAUAAUUCAGCAGCAAUUAGCGUCGUUAGCAUUAGUGGUUAGUUAGCUGGAUGAUACAGUAGAGCUAGCUAGGUUCUUGGCUAGCUUAGUUAGCUUCUGAUGUGCUAGCUAACGCCACUUAGCUUAGUCGAAAAGCCCAGCGUGUUAGCUAAGUCAACUUAGUCAACAAGCGGUAACUUUUCAUAUCGAAAGCGUUAACGUCGUAGAUUAAGCAUGGCGCUCAAGUCCGGACAGGAGCGGCUCAAAGAGAUGGAGGCUGAGAUGGCUCUUUUUGAGCAGGAGGUUCUUGGCGGUCCAGUACCAGCAUCAGGUGGCCCGGCUGUUCUGGAGGCAGGACCUGUAGCUCUUUCUGUCCCGGUGGUUCCAGCAGCGCGAGCCAUUAUAGGCACCAACACCUACAGACAGGUCCAGCAGACAUUAGAAGCCAGAGCUGCUAGUUUUGUUGGUCCUCCACCACCCGUCUUCGCAGGACCAGUCCCUCCAAUACGUCCUCCCAUGCUGAGACCAGCCUUUGUCCCCCAUAUCCUGCAGAGACCCGUUGGUCAGAGGAUGCCCAUGAUGCGCGGCCCUCCAAUAGCGCCUCCUCUGCCCAGGCCUCCUCCCCCUCCUCCUAUGAUGCUCCCUCCCUCCCUGCAGGCCCAGGCACCCCAGGGUGCUCCUCAGCCCAUCCAGCACAUGUCUGCUGCACCUCAGGUCCGGGACAUGGUCUCCAUGGUGUCGUCUCCGCCCACAAGACAGGGUCCCCCGCCUCCCGUCAAACCGACACCGUCGAUCAUCCAGGCAGCGCCGACCGUGUACUCUGCUCCUCCUGCCCCUGCCGGACAUAAAAGGAUAGAUUUUAGAGCUCAGAGACAAGCCAGAAUGGAGGAACUGGCAGCGCGGGUUGCCGAGCAGCAGGCGGCGGUGAUGGCGGCAGGUCUGCUGGACAAGAAGGAGAGCGAAGACAGCAGCGCCGUCAUUGGACCCAGCAUGCCUGAGCCCGAGCCCCCCCACACUGAGCCUGUGGAAAGUGCUACAGAGGACAAAAAGCGAUCAAAGUCGGAGAAGGUGAGGAAGUGUAUCCGCACUGCAGCAGGGACCAGCUGGGAGGACGCCAGCCUGUUGGAGUGGGAUUCAGAUGAUUUCCGUAUAUUCUGCGGUGACCUUGGUAACGAGGUGAAUGAUGACAUCCUGGCCAGAGCCUUCAGCAGAUACCCGUCUUUCCUCAAAGCAAAGGUGGUGAGAGACAAACGCACGGGGAAGACCAAAGGCUACGGCUUCGUCAGCUUUAAAGAUCCCAACGACUACGUCCGAGCCAUGAGGGAGAUGAACGGGAAGUACGUCGGCAGUCGUCCCAUCAAACUGAGGAAGAGCAUGUGGAAGGACCGCAACAUGGAAGUGGUCCGCAAGAAGCAGAAAGAGAAGAAGAAACUGGGCCUCAGAUAGUAAGAGACUGGGUUGUGCUCCCCAGGGGACAGAAAACAACUUUGUGAGAGAGCACGACUCUUAUUUUGGGUAGGUCCAAUCGGGAGAUGUACUGAGAUUGUAUAGGUGUUGACUUUUUUUUU